UUCAAUUUCUUCUCCAGUUUCAAUUUCUUUUUCUCCCAAAAUCUCUCUCUCUCGAUCUAAUUCCUUCGACGCCAUGGAAGUUCCUCAAGCUUAUCGUCGUAAGAUUUCGUUGCUGGAAGACGCCGUGGAACUGUUCUGGGACCGUUUCUUCCAGGAGCGAAGUGACUUCCGUGCGUUUGCACUUACUCAGACCGAUCAUUUCCCUCCUAGCUUCGUCGAUCGUUUGAUCGUAGGUCUUGACCGUGCGAGAUGGACUCGACUCCUAGAUUCAGGUUACGAGAUUCCAAGGAAAAUUGUGGCAAGACUUGUUGCCUUGUUUGCUGAUCUUGAUCCUGACCAAUUCAUUUGCUCCAUCUAUGACUUGGAGAAACGUGUGAAGAAGAGGGCAGACAGAGAGCGCAAGAAGCUCCUUGCGAUCGCCAUGGAAGUUCCUCAAGCUUAUCGCCGUGAGACUUCGUUGCUGGAAAACGCCGUGGAACUGUUCUGGGACCGUUUCUUCCCGGAGCGAAGUUUCUUCCGUGCGUUUGCACUUACUCAGACCGACCAGUUCCCUCCUAGCUUCAUCGAUCGUUUGAUCGAAGGUCUUAACCGUGUGAGAUGGACUCGACACCUAGAUCCAGGUUACGAGAUUCCUAGGAAAAUUAUGGCAAGACUUGUUGCCUUGUUUGCUGAUCCUGAUCAGUACAUCUGCUCCAUAUAUGACUUGGAGAAACGUGUGAAGAAGAAGGCAGACAAAAAGCGCAAGAAGCUCUCUGCGAUACCUCCUUGGGAUCUCUCUGUGAUAGAAAAGUCUAUCCAUCAGUUCUGGGUUACAUUCUCCUCCCUUGAUGGAGCCGAUCUUCGUUCUUUUGCUGAGUCUCAGGCCAACAAUUUCCCUCACAACUACAUCGCUGAGUUCCUCGACCGCCUUAAACGAGCAGGCUGGAGCCAGCCCUCUGACUCGGAUAACAAGCUGCCUCUCAAGUUGAUGUCAAGGAUUGCUUCUUCAAUGUGCAAAGCUCCAGAGAUGGUGGAUGAUUGCUUCUCACUAGUGAUGAGAAUGGAAGCUGAGAUGGAGGCAGAAGUGAGGAGAGCUGAAGCAGAGAAGAUUGCAGCGGAAGCUCAGCUGAGGAGACAGGAAAGUGACGCAGCUGCUGCAGCUGUAGCGGCAAGAGGAAAAGCAGAGAAGGCAGAAAAGUCAGCUCAAAAGAAAGCGAGAAAAAGAAUCGCCAGAGAGAAAAAUAAUCUCAACCGUAUCGGCGCCAAGUCUCUCGGACUGCAGUGAUUGGAUUUUAAAUGGUUUGUUCAUUUAGGGCAUCGAGUUUUAAGUGAAUGUCUAUGUGUGCUUGUUCUCACACGAGUAAAAACAUGUGAUUUGUAGACUUCAUGAUCGAGCUGUUGGUUUUGGUAGUGUGUAUGAAUGCUUGUUCUGACAUGGAUAUCGAGCGAUUGAGUUUAUCGCGCAUUGAUGAACAUUGCAGUUGUUUUGAGAGACAGUUUGAUGGAUCUGAUGAGGGAAUCAAAGCCAUCAAUCAAA